AGAAGUGUUAGUACUAUAAAUCAUGGUGAAUAGCAAAUUACAUUUGCAAAAGGAGAGAUAGAAGGAGGAUGCAGAUAGGGUGGGGAGAUGUGUACAAAGUAGUAGAGGCCAUGGCGCCGCUAUACGUAGCGUUGCUAUUAGGUUACGGGUCAAAGCGCAUGUUCAAGGCGGAAGAAUGCGACGCCAUAAACCGUUUCAACUGCUAUUUCAUCCUCCCUUUCUUCACCUUCCACUUCACCGCCAGCGUCAAUCCCUACACCUUCAACUUUCGUUUCCUAGCCGCGGACGUUGUUGCAAAAGCAGUUGUUGGUGCAGCCUUGGUUUUGUGGUGUAAGGCGGGGUUUGGCUUUGCGUGGGCCAUCACCUCCUUCUCUCUCUCCAGCUUCAACAACACCCUGGUGGUCGGGGUGCCUUUGCUCAAGGCCAUGUAUGGCGACGCGGGAGAGCAUCUUGUUAUACAGUCGUCCGUCAUACAGUCUCUCCUCUGGUUCCCCAUUCUCCUCUGCUUGCUUGAAUUCCGCCGUGCCAAACUACUUUCUUCUUCAUCUAAUAUUCAUCGUCAUAUUAAUGUUCAUACUGAUGAAUCUGUUGUUGUUGCCAACGGAGAUCAUGGUUGUACCAUUAUCGAUACCACCGCAUCACCCUUCUCCUCGUCUAGUUUCUGUUCAACUAUCAAGAUAGUCGGAAUGAAGCUUCGAAAGAAUCCCAAUUGCUAUGCUUGUGUCCUUGGACUCGUUUGGGCUCUAUUAGCAAACAGGUGGGAUAUUGUGAUGCCUCCGAUGGUGGAUGGAUCGAUUCAGAUAAUGGCAAAGGCGGGAAGUGGGGUGGCCAUGUUCACUAUGGGGCUGUUCAUGGCGCUGCAAGAGAAGAUAAUAGCUUGUGGCGUAGGGCUAAGCAUGUACGGUAUGUGUCUGAGAUUUGUAUGCGGACCGCUUAUCACAGGCGUUAGCGCUCUCGCUUUGGGCUUGCGCUCAGACAUCCUCGCUAUCGUUAUUAUACAGGCGGCUCUCCCGCAGGCGAUAACCUGCUUCAUGUUUGCUCAGGAGUAUAGCUUGCACGCUAACGUACUCAGCACCGCGGUCAUUUUCGGCACAAUCGCAUCCCUUCCUCUCUUGAUUGCUUACUAUGUCAUUCUAGAUAUUCUUGUUCAUUAAUUAUAUAAAUUGUGAUUGUGAGAAUGAAGAGCAAUGGAUUGAUCCUCACUUUCUAAAUAAAGACAUCACUAUCUAGUGGGAUUUUCAAAUUCA